AUGCCUCCGGCAAGCGUGAUGACCAGGCUCAUACUGGUCAUGGUCUGGCGCAAGCUCAUUCGAAACCUGAACACCUACUCGAGCCUCCUCGGAGUCUGCUGGUCUCUCGUCUCCUUCAGGUGGGGGAUCGAAAUGCCUGCCAUUAUCACAAAGUCGAUCUCCUUGCUUUCGGAUGCAAGGCUCGGGAUGGUCAUGUUCAGUCUCGGUCUGCUCAUGGCAUUGCAGCCGAGAAUUAUAGCCUGCGGCAACUCAGUCGCCGCAUUAGCAAUGGCCGUGAGGUUCCUCUCCGGCCCCUUUGUCAUGGUUGCUGCUUCCAUCGCGAUCGGCCUUCGUGGAUCUCUCUUGCGCAUCGCAAUCGUGGAUGCAGCUCUGCCCCAAGGAAUUGUGCCAUUUGUGUUUGCCAAAGAGUACAAUGUGCACCCUGAUAUCUUAAGCACAGGGGUCAUCUUUGGGAUGCUGAUUGCACUGCCCAUCACUCUAAUCUACUACACAUUGCUAGGAUUUUGA